UCGCUCGUUUAUUAUAAGUCGGCGGCUUUCCCUUAUACCUUAGGUGCCUACAUAAUUACUUAGACAUCACCACAAUAGAGGAAUUAUAGCGUUUUACAAACCCCCAGUAAAUCAAUCCACGAUGCGGUUCCUGUCGUAUUGGGUAUUUCCCAUCAUAUCCGGCCUCAUGUGGCUGGCAACAUUAUUAGGACUUCUUCUAUAUUGGAUCAUAAACACCAACCGAGUUCAUUAUGACUCUAUGGACGACGACCAAACGAUUGCCUACAUAUCAGACGUCGGUGCUUCAGAGCUCAAACCGUUGUUCGUCACGGGAUGCAUCAUCACCACGAUAUUUCUCGAUCUAUCCUUUGGGGCUGACCGCUAUUUGCGACAUCGAGGUCGACUGGUGCCCAACACCUCUACUGGCGAAAAGGUUCUGAGCGGCCUGUGCAUCUUCUUCGCCGUGAUUGGCACAAUUGGUCUGACUUGUCUAUCCGGAUUUGAUACCCUCCGGUAUCCGAGACUACACGAUAUUUUCCUUCUGCUCUUCAUUGCAGGAUAUCUAUUCUCGGCCAUCUUCAUCUGUUGGGAAUACCAGCGUCUAGGUCAUAAAAACCGUCAAAUUCGUGUCCUCCGCAUCUCAUUCUGGAUUAAAUUAAUCUUCGUCAUCAUCGAGCUAGGCCUAGCGAUUGCCUUUGGCGUGAUUAACUUCGGGGGCGACCACAACAAAUCUGCUAUUAUCGAGUGGGUUAUUGCCUUAAUAUUCUCCUUCUACGUCUUCUCCUUUUACGUCGACUUGUAUCCUGCUACAACUACGCGGCACAACCCCCACCCGGUCCAGGAUCCCGCGCGACAGAUGGAAGAGACCUACUAUGCGACACAUCCCAGCGUCCUGCCCGGGGGUAGGCAAACCCAGGAUAGCCAGAGGACGCUGACAGAUAGUCACGGUCACCAGCACAAAGUGAGAACAGACCCGAGAGACUUUUAAGAGGCUCCGCUUCUUCAUAGUAUUUUCGGAUAGUUUUACUUUCAGUAGAACAACACGCCGAGCUUGUUUGGAGGUUGCAUUAGAUCACGAUAAUAAUGAUACCAGGUUUAGAAGGAAUAGGGGAACGACAUUUACUC